AGAUGGCGGCAGCGGCGGCAGCGCUGUGAGCGGAGUGCGCGGUAGGCGGACGUGCGCUCGCUCCUCCUCCCCUCGCCACCUCUAUGUUGUGGCCGCUGCCGCGGGCCGGGGCCGCGGAGCUGCUCUGAGGGAACCGCGCGAGCCUCCGCCUCUCGAGGCCGCUCGGCAGCUGGCGGGCGCUGAGCGGUGCCGUGCCGCUCAGGUAGAGCCGCUGCCGGCCGUUCCCGUCUGUUCGGCAGGAGACGCUGAGGCUGCUGUGGGCAGGGGCCGCGCGGCUCUUCCCCGCUCGGCGGUGGCUGCGGCUCGAGUCUCCAUGUCGGACAACCAGAGCUGGAACUCCUCCGGCUCCGAGGAGGACCCCGAGACCGAGCUCGGGCUGCCUGUUGAGCUCUGCGGGGUGCUCAGCAAGUGGACCAACUACAUUCAUGGAUGGCAGGAUCGAUGGGUGGUUCUGAAAACCAACACACUCAGUUAUUACAAGUCUGAAGAUGAAACAGAGUACGGCUGCAGAGGCUCUAUUUGUUUGAGUAAAGCUGUGAUUACACCCCAUGACUUUGACGAAUGCAGAUUUGAUAUUAGUGUAAAUGAUAGUGUUUGGUAUCUUCGAGCUCAGGACCCAGACCACAGACAACAAUGGGUAGAUGCAAUAGAACAACAUAAGACUGAAUCUGGCUAUGGAUCAGAAUCAAGUUUACGCCGCCAUGGUUCCAUGGUGUCUCUUGUUUCUGGAGCAAGUGGAUAUUCUGCAACAUCCACCUCUUCGUUCAAGAAGGGCCAUAGCUUACGUGAGAAGCUUGCAGAAAUGGAAACCUUUAGAGACAUCUUGUGUAGACAAGUUGAUACUUUACAGAAAUAUUUUGAUGCUUGUGCAGAUGCAGUUUCCAAAGAUGAACUCCAGAGGGAUAAAGUGGUAGAAGAUGAUGAAGAUGAUUUCCCUACAGUGCGUUCUGAUGGGGAUUUUUUACAUAACAGUAACAGCAGUAGGGAAAAAUUAUUUCCACACGUGACACCCAAAGGAAUUAAUGGCAUAGACUUUAAAGGAGAAGCUAUAACAUUCAAGGCAACUACUGCUGGAAUCCUUGCUACACUAUCUCACUGCAUUGAACUCAUGGUAAAACGUGAAGAAAGCUGGCAAAAAAGGCUAGAUAAGGAGGUAGAAAAAAGGAGAAGAACAGAAGAAGCAUAUAAAAAUGCUGUAACAGAACUGAAGAAAAAGUCCCACUUUGGAGGGCCAGACUACGAGGAGGGCCCUAAUAGUCUGAUUAAUGAAGAAGAAUUCUUUGAUGCUGUUGAAGCUGCUCUUGAUAGACAGGAUAAAAUGGAGGAACAGUCUCAAAGUGAAAAAGUCAGAUUGCACUGGCCAACGUCCUUACCUUCUGGAGAUGCAUAUUCUGCUGUGGGGAGUCAUCGAUUUGUCCAAAAGCCCUAUAGUCGCUCUUCCUCCAUGUCUUCCAUUGAUCUAGUCAGUGCCUCUGAUGAUGUUCACAGAUUCAGCGCCCAGGUGGAAGAGAUGGUACAAAACCAUAUGACUUAUUCCUUACAAGAUGUAGGAGGAGAUGCCAAUUGGCAGCUAGUGGUUGAAGAAGGAGAAAUGAAGGUAUACAGAAGAGAGGUGGAAGAAAAUGGCAUAGUUUUGGAUCCUUUGAAAGCAACGCAUGCUGUUAAAGGGGUAACAGGACAUGAAGUUUGCCACUACUUCUGGAAUGUUGAUGUUCGUAAUGACUGGGAAACAACAAUUGAAAAUUUCCAUGUUGUGGAAAAUUUGGCUGAUAAUGCAAUCAUCAUUUACCAGACACACAAGAGAGUGUGGCCAGCUUCUCAAAGGGAUGUGCUAUAUCUGUCUGCCAUUAGAAAGAUACCAGCAUUCAGUGAAAAUGAUCCUGAAACAUGGAUUGUGUGCAAUUUUUCUGUGGAACAUGACAGUGCUCCUCUGAACAAUCGCUGUGUCCGUGCCAAAAUAAAUAUUGCUAUGAUAUGUCAGACAUUAGUAAGCCCACCAGAGGGGAACAAAGAAAUAAGCAGAGACAAUAUUCUAUGCAAGAUUACAUAUGUAGCUAAUGUCAACCCAGGAGGGUGGGCACCAGCAUCCGUGUUACGGGCAGUGGCAAAACGAGAAUAUCCCAAAUUCCUGAAGCGCUUUACAUCAUAUGUGCAAGAGAAAACAGCUGGAAAACCUAUUUUAUUCUAGUAUUAGCAGUGAUCAGAACAAGACUGGGUGAGCAUUCCACGUUGGAGAAGUGACCAUACAUAGAGCACUCCAUGCUGGAACGAAGGAUCUACAGUCUUCUUACAGUCCAAAUUCUAGGCUUUGUAUACUGAAGUGAAGAAAUGUUGCAACACCGUGAGGUUGAAUAUUUAACACUAGCUCUCUCUCCUGCUAACUUCUCUUGCUGAAUCAGUGUGUAAUUAUAAAUACAUGUAUUGAUAACAUGUAUAUGGCUCUAUUUUUAUUUGCUUACUUUAGAAGAGGAAGAACGUACAACUUUGAAUCACCAACGUGGGUUGCUGCUUUAAUUUUAAACAACUUGCAGAAUUUCACUGUCAGCCUUCCUCAGAUAACUGCAUAGUUUUUGUGCAUGUCUAAAAAGCACAAAAGACAAAUGCACAUAUAGCAUACUGUAUGUGCUUUAUAUGCACAAAAAUCUGUGGUAUUUUGGGGGAGGAUGAAGGGAGGAGUUCAGUAAAGCCUAGUGACUUACUGGCAGGUCUUGUUUUGCUUUGUAUAAUCAUAGUUCAUUGCUGCUGGUUUCUAUAAUGAAUCAUCUUGUUACAUAAAAUGUCAGUUAAUAACUGAGGGCUGUCAAUAUCCUUAUGACUUUGCCUUUUCUAUUGUCUUACUCUUAUGAAGAUAUUUAUUUCUGAAGGAGUAAGAGUGUGAAAAGCUUUAUUUUUUUCCAGAUAUCUUUAUAUUUCUAUUGUAUUUUUUAGUUAUGUAAUGUGCUACAGAAUUUUUGUUAUUAAACAUGACCCAGAAAUUUCUGGAAAGAUUCUAUAUGAAAGGGCAAGAGACUGUCUGAAAGCUAGAAGUCAUCUGUCCGUGCUAUAUGUGGUCUGCUUUCCUGCGUGAUAUCUAGAGGGCUUUUCUGAGGCUGUGAGAAGGUACACUAUAAUAUUUAUUGAAGUAAUUUGGACUACAUUGGACAACAUUCCCGAUCCAGAAUGAGGAUGAGUACAUUACUUUCAAAUCCUGCAUGUGUUUUCCUCAUCUUAAUAAAGCCAUGCUAUGAGGUUCAUGUAGAAAACUAGUUGCAUUGAUACCUGGCACUUGAUCAAAAACCUGUCAGAACUAUGACAAUGCAUUGAUCUUCUUGGAAAGUUCCCUUUAGUUGCUGUGAAAAUUUAAAUGUCAGAUACUUGCCUGCCUUAGAUUCUGGGGAUGCUCAUUGGGAGACAACUCUCACAGACUGGUACUCACUUUGAGUUAUUAAAUCCACGUCCUGUAGCUGGAAAAUAUGCAGAGGCUGCUGGGUGUUUCAUUGGCCUGUAUAUCUCAAGAAAAAAAAAGUAUCAGAUAUCUAUUUUUCUCAAAAGAAAGGAGAAAGUUGUAUUUGAUAGAGUAUAGUAGGUGCCUGAAAAUAAAUAUAAGAGAGUAACUUAAUAAAGAUCUGGUGAAUGAUAAAGGGGAUAUUCACAGUGUUAGAAAAAAAACAUGUUCUUUUAUCUGUUCAUUUUUUCUAUUGAGGUAAAACCAUACAUAACACAUGAUUACACAUGCACGCGGAUUUCAUGCUCCAUAACUGUACCUUUUUUAUUUGCCUUUCUUUAAAAGUGUGCAUGGAAUAUGCCUUAUUACAGAACUAUUCUGUUAAUUUGAAUAUGUAGAAAAGUGCCUAUAUGGUAAUGCUAGUAAGGCAAACAAGACAAAAAUUUAUACAUGUUUACUAUAUCACCAGUGAGCAUUUUAUAUAGUAAUGUUAAAAAAUAAUUCUUAUACCUCAAAUGUACUUCAUCUUUUUACAAUCAACAAAACAAUGAUUCAUUCACCAUAGCUGCUGAUGGGAACUUCAAAAGAGAAAAAAAAAUGUCCAAAAGAGUGUAAUUCCUUAUUUGCCAUUUCUAGUAAUAGUUGUUGAACACAGGUGAGUAACUGUUUAAUUUAAUUGGAUAGCUUUAUUUUACAAAGGAAUGGAAAGUUUACAAAGCGGUAUAUAAAUCUUUUAUCAUUAGUUGCAUUUGCACUAAAUGUGAUGUACUUUUGUGAUUUAUUCUGUAAAUAAAAUCACACUACAGAUACUCUUUGUAAAGAAUACACUUUACUUUUAGAUAAAGGCACUGGUACUUCACUGCAGUUAGCCCUGCCCAAUCAGUGUUGUAAGAGGCUUCUUAAAACUGUGGAAGGAGUUGCAAGAUUGAGACAUGGGUAUUAAAAGACCUCUUAAAAAAAGAAAAAGAAAAAAAAAGCAGCUUUCUUUAGGCCUGUUGGAUUGUCUGUGUACAAGUAGCCAUCAGAGCCUUUCUUCUAGAAGGAAUCUUCCUAUUAUGGUUUUAUAAAAGUUCUCCAGAGCUGAACCCCUUUUCCAGACACUGCCACAAACAUGAGCACUCUGUGUUCUUUUCAUCCUGUUAAUGAAUCUGUAGAAUUGAUAUUGCUAUGAUUUUCUUUGCAGAAUUGCAGAAGAAGCCCUUUGCUCUAGGAUAUGUUUCUAUAACUUGAGCCUAUAUGAAGGGCUGGGGAUAUAUCAGUCUAAGGAAAUAGCUUGAUAGAACUUCUCAUGGGAGCGAGGAUAAGCAAUAGUCUGUCUGGGAAACUGAACAGCUUACUUUGAGAAACUUAGGUGUGAGAAGUACGGUGCAUUUUAUGGGCUGAAGGGAAAUUACCUUUUAGUUAGUUGGGCUGAGCUGGCUUAUCUGAAGUUGUGCAGAUUCUCUUUAAACUAAUCAGAUUGUCCACCUGUAUUUUUGUCACAUUGUACAGAUAACGCUGUAUUUGAAUUGCCACUGUUCAUCUACAGACUCAGAACAUGAAUCAUAUUUUUGAGUACCUUGAGUGUGUAGAGUGUAACUGUUAUAUAAUAGCUUUAUGAUCCUAAUGAUAAGUUUUAAAAAUUAAAAGUUGGCUCUUCUAUGUUACAAUCACAAAUUUAAAACCAGUAUUUAAAGUGAAAAGUAUUAAAAAUUAUGAAGAAAACCCCUGGUUUGUAGUUAUUUCUAACUUUCAGUGCUUUGAGGAAACUUAUUUAAAUAUUUAAUGCUGUAACCAACCUUUGGAUUGUAUAUGAAGUUGUAUGCCAUACUACAGUGUAGUAAUGUAAAACAUUUAACAGAAAGCAGCUUGCUUGUGUUACUAGGUUGCUGAAGUGAAAACUGGAAUGCCACAAGCUAUUGAUGUGUGAAAAAUCUCAUUCUGUACUAGCAUAUCAGAAGCAUGUUAGAUGAUAUUCCUGUACAGUAUAGUUUUAAUAUAGAGUACUUCCAAAGUUGUAUUUAAGCUGCUGUGUUCUGUUUGUACAGAAAUAACAUCAGGAAAGCAUGUCUGGGGAGAAUGGAGAUCCCGGGCUGAGAAAUACCAGAAAUACAAUAAAUUUGUGCUUUUUUUUUAAAUAUGAAGAAUUGCUAAGAACUGAGAUGAGGUGGUGCAGAGCAGGUUUUCUUAGUAGCAGGAAUAACUGCUUCCUAAUGGAUCAGUAACCAUCCCUCCUUUGUUGGUUGUGCGGGGAUUUCUGUGUCUUAUGCAGUAAUCAUUUAAGUUGUGGGAACCUUACAGGUAACUUACAGGUAAGCAAGAUGAGAAGAACAGCUGAGGUAAUAGAAUGGCAUUACUUGCACAAAAAAAGAAAACUUAUCUUAAGCUGAGUUGCAUCAGGCCCUGGGUAAUAUAGUACAACAAAUGCAGAGAGUCCUGCUGCAAGCCCUGCCUUCGACUGCAGCUAUUUCAUCUGGCAAAAAAGAAAUCUCUCCCUGUGCUAUGCUCCUCUUCCCUUCCGGGAAAAAAGAAAAGCCUUGUAAUUAAAAAACACAUGCUUUCUUGUAUGGGGAGGCUGAGCUCUUCUGUAGCCAUCUGAAUAGCUGCAAUAUAAUUUGACCCUAGAUAUUAAUAAUUACUUACGCCACACAGCUUACCAGUGUGUAUGACUCAUAGCAUUGCUGUUAUCUUUACUCUUCAGCAGUAAAAAGCUUCAUACGAAGAGAAAACCAUGUUUCAGUAGAUAAACAGGAAGGGAUGCACUUCAGAGCAUUAUGUGCCUGAUGGUGUACAUUUUUCUUAAGUUGUAACCACUGAUGCAGCAAGGUUUUUCUUCUGCACAGCUGCCUCUGGUGUGUUAGAAUAAGGAAGACUAGAUGAAUUGCUGCAAUUUUAAGUUUAAACUAAUUCUCUUAAAAUGAACUUUUGAGGAGGACAAAGAAAUAGUUGGACCAUGCAAUAGUUGGGCCUAUGUUGUCUAAAACAUAAGAACUUCUCUUUAACUUGGACCUUUUAAUUCUGCUUUUGUUUGAGGUGGUCUGCCUGAAUUUCCAUGUGAGAUUUUCCUAUUACCAUAACAUUAACAAUCCUUUUUCCACUUCAAAAAAAAAAAUUUAAAUCUGCAUGGUUUAUAAAGGUGGUUUUGAGUCCCUUAUUUCAUUUUCAGAGAUGAGAAGUAAAGGAGCUGAGAAGACUUGGAAAUGCUUGGAAGCAACUGCGUGCUGGAGUCUGAAGUAGAUUCUCCUGCCAUUCUCCUUGUUUUUAAAGCUUUAUUUGAGCUCCUGGCCUUCACUCCCUGAUUCUGUUGCUGCUUUGAGCCAAUAAAAGCAUUGCAACUAAGUGGAACAGUCGCAUACAGCAAGUCUUCAUAUUUGAUUCUGUCCUGCAUAUGCUCAUGCACCUUCCAAAUUUUGUCUGAGUUCCUUCCAGAUGCAAUGGGAAGUGCCUAUGCACCUGUUGCUUACUAUACAUCUUUGUUUACUUACAAUAAGUAUCCUUUGAAAAGCAUGUGAAACUCAAGAUUUGUUAUCUGUUUAAUUUUUAUCUAUUUAAUUUCUUUCUGCGUGAUGGGACAGACACUCCCAUGAUGGUUCCCAGGAACCAUCUCAAGAUGCUUCUUGGCAAGUGAUUCCUAAUUAGUGUUAGACUAACAGGAUAUAAUGACAGUUUUGAAGAAUUCCACUGUGAGGGAUGGGAUUGUAACUGAGUCAUGAAGCAGCCCAGCAAGUUCAGCUUCCUGGCAUGGGUAGAAUCCUGGAAUUACUCCUCAGCACCCAGAAAGUUGUGCUGGGUGACAACAAGGAACUCAAAACUCCCAGGGUUGUGUGCUGACUGAUGAGCAUCAGUCAUGUAAGAGUUUGAAC